CGUAUUAAAAAAAAGAAAUUCAGAACUUGAGAAGGAGAGAGAGCUUUGUUUUAUGGAAUCGAGUCGAUCAAAUUUUCUAGCAACACGCUAAAGUAGGAAACAAUGUUCCAAAAUUACAAAUUCUAAUCAAAACUCCUAAGAAUAUCCUUUGUAGGGUUCGGGAUUCAUUCUCUCACUGCUCUUUAUAGUUGAUUUCAGUAACAUGUGGUAUCAAUCGCAUGCUACAGUGUUAUUACCUUUCUCCCAAAGACCAUACUUCAAAUCAAAUAAAUUUCUUUUUCUUUUUCUUGUCAGCGCAAGAAAUACCUGUUUGAAACCCUAGGUAGACUAGAAAGAGAGGGGAGGAAGAAGAAAGGAUGUAAAGUUGGGGAAGAAAUAGACGCGUCUCCUAUUUGAGUUCACAGGGAACAGUGUUAUGGCACAUGAAGAGCUUACGACCACAGACAGGGAAGAAAAACAAGUGAAUUCUGAAGGAAGAAAACCUCGGGUUUUACUUGCUGCAAGCGGAAGUGUAGCGGCAAUAAAGUUUGGAAAUCUGUGCCAUUGUUUCUCCGAAUGGGCAGAAGUACGAGCCGUGGCGACCAGAUCUUCUUUGCAUUUUAUUGAUAGAGGAUCAAUUCCCAGUGAUGUCAUUUUCUAUACUGACAAUGAAGAGUGGUCUAGUUGGAAAAAAUUAGGUGAUGAUGUACUUCACAUUGAUCUCCGGCGAUGGGCUGAUGUUAUGGUCAUAGCCCCUUUGUCAGCAAAUACACUUGCCAAGAUUGCUGGAGGGUUGUCUGACAAUCUGCUGACAUGCAUUGUCCGAGCAUGGGAUAACAGCAAGCCACUCUUUGUUGCACCAGCUAUGAACACCUUCAUGUGGAACAAUCCUUUCACAGAGCGACACCUUUUGUCAAUCGAUGAGCUUGGGAUUUCUCUCAUACCACCUGUUACAAAGAAACUGGCCUGUGGAGAUUAUGGGAAUGGUGCAAUGGCUGAGCCUUCUCUUAUCAACACCUCAGUAAGACUGCUCUUGGAGUCACAGGCUUCACCUAAAUGAUGGAACUGUUGUGUGAUUCGGUAUGUAUAGAAUGAUAAUUUGUGUUUGCGGCCUGUUGCUUGAUUUUGUAUAGGCCGUUUGAUUUUCUCUUUUCUAGGUUGGAGGCUAUAUAGUUAAGCCGCUUUAUGUGUGCGAGAGGCACCUCACCUGCCAGAAGCAGUGAGCAAGAAUUUAAUUUGUUUUGCAGGAUGUAAUUUAUAGCAGUUCUGUUUGUGUGUAUCUAAUAUGUUGUGCAAUCCUCUGCUGAAUUAAUAGUUUGAUAUGCUCCAUUAGUAUUCACUGGA